CAAUCACAGCACACCAUCUGUAAACAUGGCGUCUUUCUGCAAGUUGGCAUUUGUAGUUAUUCUGCUCUGUACAUGUUUGCUAUAUAUUUCAGCAACAGACAGUACAGGUAAACCUAAGAAAAAGAAGGACAUUCGAGACUACAAUGACGCAGAUAUGGCGCGGCUUCUGGAACAGUGGGAGAAAGAUGACGAUAUUGAAGAAGGGGACCUUCCUGAGCACAGACGGUCUCCUCCACCCGUUGAUUUCUCCAAGGUGGAUCCCUCCAAGCCAGAGGACCUUCUUAAGAUGUCAAAGAAAGGCAGGACUCUGAUGGUCUUUGCAACUGUGUCUGGAAAUCCCAGUGAGAAGGAGACUGAGGAGAUCACAGGCUUGUGGCAGGGAAGCCUCUUCAACGCCAACUAUGAUGUUCAGAGGUUUGUAGUGGGCUCAAACAGAGUAAUCUUCAUGCUGCGAGACGGCAGUUUGGCCUGGGAAGUUAAAGACUUCCUUGUGGCUCAACAGCGGUGUGCAGAUGUUACGGUGGAGGGACAAGUGUUUCCAGGAAGCAUGGCAAAAAAAGACAAAGCGAAAGAAACACAGCAGAAUGAAGUCAACAUCAAGAAAAAAGGCAGAAAAACAGAGAGCAAAACGCCAGAUGUGAAUGGAAAUCAUGCUAGCAAUCUCAAGCAGGAGCUUUAAUAGCAUUCAAGAUGGGAAGCUGACGAGCCACUUCCCAUUUUCUUCUGACCUUGGAAAAAAUGCAAGACAUGUCGAAAGACAUGUUGAAGGCCAUAUAUGAGAGUCGUGACGAGAAAAGCAGUUGUGUCCUCAUAGUGAUGUUGGCUGUAGGGAAUUGUAUUUGAUAUCUUUAACCUUGAAAGAAAUCACUCACUGAUUUAUUUUUUUUUACAUUUUGUAAUUGCCAAUAAAUAUUUAAAUCAUUUAAAUGCUGUUGAGAUUUUUGCUAAACGAGUGUCAUCAGUGAAAACCAAUAAAGGAUACACACAAUUACCAGUU